AUGAAGCUGUUCGUACUGUGCUGCCUCCUGAUCUUGGGCCUUCUGGGCUGUCUGCCCGCUCCCGCCGUCGCCGUCCCAUCUCGACACUCUGGACCAGGAAACGGAGCUCCUGCUGGCAACCCCUUCCGACCUCCACAGCAAAAACCACUCUACUACGACGCUCCAGUUGGUCCACGAUCCAAGACUAUGUACGCCUAAACGAUAACAUUGUGGUGUAACAAUAAAAUUUUUGAAUUGGCAUAACUAA